AGUUCACAAUAGUAAUAUUUUUUUUCUAUUGAAAAAAGAAAUCGAAAAAUAUAAUCAGAAAAUCAAUUCCUAAAUGCAUAAGCUGUUCAUUGACAUCAAGUUUAUAAACACGUUUUAUCCAUCCAGCUGUAGUUUAGUUUAAAAUUUGAGCAAUAAAAAUGUGGAUUUUAUUGAUUUAACUCAAUCGACGUAAUCAAUUAUUCGCAAAUACAAAACCAGUUCAAUAUACUUCUUUUCGUGCGUAUAACGAUCUCUAUCAUCUGCGAGUGCAUUUUGAUUAAUUUUUGAUUUCAAAUCGAAAGAAAAUGAACAAUUCUAUAGUUUUAACUCUGCUUUUGAGUUGUUGUACAUUAGUUUGGUCAAGGACUUCGAGUGAUUUGCGAGUUACACUAUCAAAUGGAAGUAAAUUGAUUGGAAAAUAUUCGAGAUCAUUCAGUGGAAGACCGAUCAAGUCGUUCGUUGGUGUACCAUAUGCAAAACCACCAGUUGGUCACCUGCGAUUCAAAGCGCCAGAACCAAUUGAAAAAUGGGAUGGCGAAUACAAAGCAAUAAACGAUGGAUCCGUGUGCGUUCAAAGGAAUUCUUUUAAGCAUAUAUACGAUGACCAAGGCAGCGAAAAUUGUUUAUUUUUAAACGUACAUGUGCCACACUCGUUUGAAGGAAUUUCUUCAAAUUUAUCGGUUAUGGUAUAUUUUCAUGGAGGUGGAUUCAUUACACACAGUGGCACAAGCUCCUUUUAUGGUCCCACGUACUUACUUGAUCAUGACAUUAUUUUAGUCACCGCCAACUAUCGUCUCGGUCCAUUGGGUUUUCUUAGCACAGAAGAUGAAAAUUGUUUGGGGAAUUUUGGACUAAAAGAUCAAUCGAUGGUGCUCAAAUGGAUUCAACAGAAUAUUGAACGAUUUGGCGGUAAUCCGAAUAGUGUCACUAUUUUCGGAUCGAGUGCGGGUGGUGCCAGUGUGACAUACCAUAUGAUGAGUCCAUUGAGCAAAGGUUUAUUUUCUCGAGCAAUUGCAAUGUCAGGUACAAAUUUGGCUCCAUGGGCUCAACCAGCUCAUAAGGGAGUUGCCAGAAAGCAAGCAACCAAAUUUGCUAAAUAUUUCAAUUGCUACACUCCAAGUGAUUGGCCACUAACAAUUGAUUGCUUACGAAAUGUACCAGCUAUCAAUAUUUCGGCAGCAUUUUUCGACUUCUUCGAGUUCGACACAGAUCCCAUGGUAGUAUUCUCACCAGUUGUUGAGCCUGAUGUGCCGGGUGCAUUUAUAACGAAGCAUCCACGUGAAGAUAAAGCCGAAACGUCUAAAGAGAUACCAUUUCUUGCGGGAGCUACCUAUGAUGAGGGUCUAAUCAAAUCUCUAUCUAUUUUUAAUUAUCCUGGAGCAUUCGAUAAUUUUGCUUCGAAUUUAACACGUGCAUUAUCAAUUUCGCUUUACUAUGAUCAUCAUAAUUCGUCUAUUCAAGACUCGAUAACAAAACACAUCAAUGAAUUUUACUUUGAAAACAACUUUUCAAGAGAUAAGUUCAUGAAUGUGACAAAUUUAUUCGGCGAUGCAUGGUUCCUUGAUUCAAUGGAUUCGUAUGUACGCAUGAGACUUGCGCAUAAAGAAGUCGCAUCAAAUUAUGUAUAUCUUUUAUCUCAUAAAGCAUCUGCUAGUUUAUCGGAUUUUUUCCACGGUGAUACAGAGACAAUUUAUGGUGUAUGUCAUGGUGAUGAAGGGAUAUAUCUCUUUCCGCACUCUGCCUUUUCAAACUCAUUGCCAACAAAGGGUGACGAAGAAAUGCGUAGAACGAUCACGCAGUUAUGGGUUGAUUUUGCUCGAAAUGGAAAUCCAACGCCAGACUCAAGUCAUUUACCAAAAUGGACCGAAACAAAAGAACUUCCGUUGAAUUUCUAUCGCCUGGGUAAUUUACAUUUUGAUGGCAAACCUAUGUUUGGAAACGAAAACGGUGGAAUAUUUGAAGAACGCGCCAAAUUUUGGAGAGAAAUUAAUGCAUUCACAACCAAUAAAAAUUAAUAGCGAGAAAAUUUAUGAAAAAUAUACUAAAUUAUGAAAGUGGUUUCAUGCGUGGGCAUUGAUCAAAUAAAUACUUAUAAAUGCUUAA